GGCGUUUGUUUCCAGUCGGACUGGUUUUUAUGCGGGUCUGUUUGGCGCUUGCUAGCUACAGACCGUAGGUCUGUUUUUUCCUUUUCAUGAUGCCUUCAGAAAAUCAACGAUGGGGUACUUUAGUGGCCUUAAAAAACUCACCAAAGGGGAAAGUGACUUUUGAUCCGUACUGGUCCGAGAGAGGAGAGCAUAUUCUGUCUGGCUGUAAAGAGACGCUCAGCCUGUCCUCCGAUGCCGCCGUCAUCUUGGAGCGGAUCGACUCUGCGUCCCUUCUCAGGUCGUCCUUCCUGGACUCCAGCUCCCCCGACCCGGAGGAGGCGCCGGCCUCGGUCUCCUCCUCCGGCUCCACGGCGGACCUCAGCAGCAAGCCCGCCCCCCCCUCCUCAGCGCCACCCCUGAAGAACCAGCAGAAGGACACUUCAGGGUCGUCGGCGAAGCUCCGCGACGAGACGAGAGACGAAAGCCCGGACGCCUCCAGUCCUGCGUCCCCGCCCGCCAUCUCCCUGCUGUCGCCCAAAGCCAUGGAGACGUCAGGCCUCAUCAUCCGCAUCCGGGAGGAGCAGCGGGAGAAGGCCAAGGUGGCGCUCCAGGAGCGGCAGGCGAGGCAGGAGAAGCUGGCGGAGGCGGCGGCGAGCGCCGAGCUGGAGCAGCUGAAGCGCUUCGAGGAGCUGAGGGAGCUGAAGCAGAGGAAGGAGUCGCAGACGAUGAGGGACCUGAUGGACAGAGAAACCAAAGAGAUCCUGGGCCGGCAGGAGAAGCUGAAGGAGGAGCACCGGCACCGAGUAAAGAUCCAGAACCUGCGUCUGAGGGCGCUGGAGCAGCAGCGGCUCCAGGAGGCGGAGCUGGAGAAGCAGAGGAAGGCGGAGGGCCGGGAGAGGCUGCGCAGCCUCAACAGCAUCCAGGAGGAGAUCCUGCGGCUCAACCAGCUGCUGGAGCCGUCCGCCCAGGCCCACGCCGGCCUCCCCGCCGCCAGCCUGGCCUCCCACAGCUCCCGCGGCAACCAGCUGUGCUCCCAGGUGUCGGAGGUGGUGAGGAAGACGGCGGAGGGAGAGUUCCCCAGCGCCGAGGACAUGGCGGCGGCGGAGCGGGCGCUCGGCGAGAUGAGGUCGGUGAUCCGGCAGACGCAGGAGGAGGCGGCCCGGGUCCAGGAGAGGAAGAGGAAGGAGCAGGAGGAGGAGCGCAGGAAGCAGGAGGCCCUGCAGGCGCAGCAGGAGGCGCAGAAGAAGGCGGAGCAGGCGGCCAAGGAGAAGGCGCAGAAAAAAGGACUGCAGAACAACGCGGAGGAGAGCACCAUGAAGUGGUACCGGGAGCUGCAGGAGGCGGCCGCCCGCUGCGCUCAGACCCUGGAGCCGCUCAGCGCUCCCAAAGACGCUCAGGCCAAGAGGCUGAAGCUGGAGCUGCAGAAAGCCGCCACCAUCCCCGUCAGCCAGAUCUCCACCAACAGCGGCUCGCAGCUCAGGGAGAUCUUCGACAAGAUCGACCGGCUGCUGUCGGGUCGGGCCGUGGCGUCGGGGGGGAAGUCGGUCUCCGCCUCGCAGCACCCCCAGGGCCUGGAGUUCGUGGCCUACAAGCUGGCGGAGAAGUUUGUGAAACAAGGCGAGGAGGAGGUGGCGUCCCACCACGAAGCGGCCUUCCCCAUCGGCGUUGUGGCCUCCGGCAUCUGGGAGCUGCACCCCCAGGUGGGCGACCUGAUCCUGGCUCACCUGCACAGGAAGUGUCCCUACGCCGUCCCUCACUUCCCCCCCAUGAAGGAGGGCACGCCUGUGGAGGAGUACCAGAGGAUUCUGGGAUACCGUGUGGACGACUCCGGAGUGGAAGGGCAGGACAGCUUCCUGAAGAGGAUGUCGGGGAUGAUCCGUCUCUACGCCGCCGUCAUCCAGCUGCGGUGGCCCCACGGCUCCAAGCAGGGGGCGGUUCCACACGGCCUGAACCACGGCUGGCGCUGGUUGGCCCAGAUGCUCAACAUGGAGCCGCUGGCGGACAUCACGGCGACGCUGCUCUUCGACUUCCUGGAGGUUUGUGGCAACGCCCUGAUGAAGCAGUACCAGGCUCAGUUCUGGAAGCUCGUCCUGCUGCUCAGAGACGAGUACUUUCCCAGGAUCGAGGCGGUGACCAGCAGCGGACAGAUGGGCUCCGUCAUCAGGCUCAAGCAGUUCCUGGAGACGUCGCUGCAGAGCCGCCAGAUCGCCCCCCCCAAAGGCCAGCUGAGCUCCACCUUCUGGAGGUCCUGAUGGACCAGGAGGUUCUUCUGGAAACCAGGCGGCUCGUCUGGGUCCGACGGACGGCUUCACAGACGGAGAGACUGGAGGUCCUGCUGACGGCAGCUUUAGGGUUUUUAUCCUGAAAUGUGAGAGACGAUGAUCUCUUCUCCUGGGAGGAUCUUCUGGAUUCUCCUCAGAUGAGCAUCAGAACGUCGUGAACGGGAACGGCUACGCUCCGUUUGUGCCUUCCUGCCGGUGAACCGAGUCCCACUGAGAAAGUUAAACGUCCAGAUCUUCCUUUAUUUUUACGCAUCUCUACGUACUUUUUAUUUUCGCCCUAACGGCUCCAAACUAAGACGUUCAAAGGAUGCGAUAAACGUGGACACUGCAGACCUCCCUGGUUCUUUUAAUCCGCCGCAGCGGGAAUAAAAUCGCUGCUUUACGACUUUGUGCCUGAAGCUGAAUCCAAUAAUUAGUGUUUCUGUUUUUUUUUUUUUGUAUUGUUAGUUUCUUAAACUGCUGAUAAAUCAGCGACGCCUCGUUGUCGGUCGCUGUUCUGGUUAAAUAUUAAGCGCUGUGAGAUUUAGACAUAUUUAUUCAUGAAUCCACUGUGUGGAGCCGAGAGACGCAUCAGAAAAUAUUUUAUCCUGGAAAUGAAUGCGAGUAAAAGCUGAAGCUUAUUUUGUUGCAUUAUGAUCUAAUUUCAUCAGACGGUGUGUCAGCAAUAAAACCUGAGCAACAGUU